CAAUAGAAUAUAUAGAAGGCAAUAAUAAGGAUGUACUUUGCAAAAAAUGGAAGUUUUAAUUUCUUCCAUUAUGGCAACACUGAUAUCCACGCAACCCACGUGAUCUCUACAUAUAUAUAUCGAUCGGCGUUCGAUCGAAGUUAGUCGAAUCAACUCAGUAAUAAAAUCUAGUUACUGGCUUUCUGUGACAAACAAUUGGUAAAUGACGCGAGCCUCUCUCGUGACUGUGUUGAUGCUACUUUGCAUAGCACGGAAUAUCCGUUCCCAGAUUUACCAAAACAUGUCGAGUCUCGCUGGCGUGCAUUCUGUGGCGUACGUUACCGUGCCAGACGACGCAGUUGCAAAGAGAUUAGCACGAGGUCUAGUCGAAAACAAGCUCGCUGCCUGUGUUAACAUCAUCCCGCGACUCACGUCCAUAUACGAAUGGGAAGGAAAGAUACAAGAAGAGUCUGAACUUUUGCUGAUGAUAAAAACUAGGACGGAGAAAGUAAAUGCUCUAACAAAAUAUGUCAAAGAAAAUCAUCCAUAUACAAUUUGCGAAAUAAUCUCUUUGCCCAUACAAAAUGGAAACAGCGAUUAUCUGAAGUGGAUCAGCGAAGUGGUACCAUCGCUUGAUAAAACCGCUUAAAAUAAUUAAAAUAUAUAUAUUCAUAAUAAUGACUAUGUUUACACGACAUCUUUAAUCGGAUUUAAUAACAUCUGUAGUUUAUAAAAUUGACCAAUCAUAUCUAUUCUUGUGAAGAAUGGAAUGAUUGGCCAGUUUUAUAACUGCGGAUGUUAUUAAACCUGAUUAAAAAUGUGUCAUAUAAAGGUAGUCAAUAAUUCAUUGAUAAGAUUGAGAUUGGUAAAAACUUCCGAUAACCAACUCCCGAUUCAUUAUAAAACUCCGGUAAGAAUAAAAAAGAAACUAAUCAUAACAUGCAUGUAAUAAGAUAAUAUAUAGAAUGUAACACUUCUGUUAAUUAUUAUAUAUUACACAAACAGACAAGAAUUUUAAGAUCCAGAAACGACAGUAUAUAAUCCCCAAAAUUUUUGGCAUGCUAAAAUCAAAUCCGUAGCCCAAAUUGCUCCAUCAUGUCAGGUUUCCAAGAUAUUUUAAGCUAAAAGUGCUAAAAAGGCCUAUUUUGGGCACCUUUAGAUUUAAAUUUCUCGUAAACGUGAUAUGAUGGAGAAACAUGGGUCGAAUUCAGCAAAAAAAUUACGAAAAUCACUUAUAAUUAUAUAUAGAUCAGCUCAGUAAAAUAAAAAAAAAACAGAUAUAUUGUAGGAGAGUAUGUUCACCAGCCUCAAGGCACCUACAAAUGAUAUGGCCAAUGUAUAGGCUAACGUUAUACUAUUCCCUAAAUAUUGAUUACAUACUGUUGUUUCUGAGUAAAAAAAAAGAUGUUUUUUGGCCUGUGUUAUUAGACAUUCAUCAGUCUGCAGUUUUAUGCACAUAUAAUAUUGUGUACCUUCAUUACUUAUCAUGUACUUAUGUUAUAAAAUUUAAUUUUUA